CUUUCCUCUAUUUCCCCCCAGCAUUCGUCUCUCUUUCGUAAUUACCGCGCCUUCGAGACCGCAAUAAUGCCCCCAAAACGCAAGGCAAAAUCCCAGAUCGCCCCCAAUGCCGCAUCCGCAAUCAACUAUAGCGAUUCGUACGGCAAUGCUCCGAACAAGCGGUCCAGAACCUCGAAGCCGCACCCCAAGGCUCUCGAGAACGGCAAGGAGGGUUCUGCGAAUUCCAUAAACGAUAAUGCAAGUUCAAACACAGAUGUUUCUCGGUUCGAUCAUUCGCGCCAGGAGGAAAUGCUAGGAAUCGUUGAUAGGAGAUUCUAUCCUGCCGAAAUGAGUAACGAGCGUUGCGCCAUGUACAAUGAUAACGAGAUACCGCGACCGAUGAACGUACUGAAUCAAAUACUCGAAGAAACGCAGGAUGCGCGAGGGAAGAUUGCGAAGAUAAAGACGGGUAAAGACGUGGGCGAAGCAGUUAUACAUUGGUUCAAGAGGGAUUUACGGACGAGAGAUAACACAGGUUUAAGUCUUGCAUCGAAAAGAGCAAAGGAAAUCGGCGUCGGCGUUAUUGGGGUCUGGAUCCUAAGUCCUCAGGAUUGGGAGGCUCACCUCGUCAGUCCCGCCAAAUGUGAUUUCGAGUUGCGCUCUCUGGCUGUCUUGAAGAAAGAUCUCGAGGAUCUGGAUAUUCCUCUUUAUAUUGAAGUUGUUGAGGAGCGCCAGCAGUUGCCGGCGCGACUCGUCGAGCUCGCUGAAAAUUGGGGCGUGAAGGACUUCUUCUGCAACAUCGAGUACGAAGUCGACGAGCUACGGCGAGAACAGAAGCUUGUCAAGAUGAUGCUCGGAAAAGGGAUUCGAUUCGAACCACAGCAUGAUGACUGCGUCGUAACACCUGGUCAGCUCCAGACUGGUGCAGGGCGGCAAUAUGCGGUCUACAGCCCUUGGUUCCGAGCGUGGGUGGCGUAUCUACACGCCCACCCAGACGUCCUCACAGAACGACAUCCGCCCGAGAGAAAUCCCCCAGACUUCAAGCAGAAGUUCUCGUCGUUGUUCGAAAGCGCGAUCCCAUCUGCUCCGUCGAGUAAGACAUUGACUUCUGAGAUGAAGAAACGUCUCGAGAAAUUGUGGCCCGCAGGCGAACAUGCUGCAGUCGAUCGCCUUCAACACUUUCUUACAGAGAAAAUCGGAAAAUACCACGCGACGCGAAAUUUCCCCAGUAAGAAUAGUACAGCCCGGAUAAGUGUGCAUCAUGCCGCAGGGACACUUGCUGGCAGGACCAGUGUAAGAUUAGCUCGAGAUGUGAAUUCCACGAAGAAGCUUGAUGGUGGCAUCGAAGGGAUAAAGGGCUGGAUCAGUGAGGUAGCAUGGAGAGACUUUUAUCGGCAUGUGCUAGUGCAUUGGCCCUAUAUCUGCAUGAACAAGCCUUUCAAGUUCGAGUACACGAACAUCGAAUGGGAAUACAGCGACGAGCACUUCGAUGCAUGGGCUCGGGGUCAAACAGGCUACCCAAUCGUGGAUGCUGCCAUGCGAUCCCUCAAUAGUACCGCGUACAUGCAUAAUCGCCUCCGAAUGGUUACGGCCUCAUUCCUCGCCAAACAUCUUCUUCUCGACUGGCGUCUGGGAGAACAAUACUUUAUCAGCCAUCUCAUCGAUGGAGAUUUCAGUUCGAACUCUGGUGGUUGGGGUUUUUCCUCUUCGACUGGCGUAGACCCCCAGCCUUAUUUUCGCGUAUUCAACCCUUGGCUCCAGUCUAGCAAGUUUGACGAAGAUGGUGAGUUCAUAAGACAAUGGAUUCCAGAAUUGGCAAGUAUAAGUGGAAAGGGAAUACAUAAUCCGUAUGAAACUGGUGGCGAGGCGGCAGACGUGGCAAAGAAAAAUGGAUAUCCCAAACCAAUUGUAGAACAUCGCUUCGCAAGGGAGAGAUGUUUGUCAAGGUACAAGGCAGGAAUUGGCAGAAAUACUGCGUGAGUUGGCUCUCCGUGUGGGCGAAAUCCUUCGCGCCCUGCUACGGCAGACCUACAUACCGUUUUCGUCGGCGUCACUGAGAACUAUCACUGCAGAUCUUGAUUAGUACUACAGCAAUUUGAAUCAAUACUUGAAACAUG